UGAUAGGGGCUCGAGCGAGGAGGAGGCGGCGCCGCCAUGAUAGGGACUUGAGCGAGGAGGAGGCGGCGCCGCCAUGAUAGGGGCUUGAGCGAGGAGGAGGCGGCGCCGCCAUGAUAGGGGCUUGAGCGAGGAGGAGGCGGCGGCGGCGCCGCCAUGAUAGGGGCUUGAGCGAGGAGGAGGCGGCGGCGGCGGCGCCGCCAUGAUAGGGGCUUGAGCGAGGAGGGGGCGGCGCCGCCAUGAUAGGGGCUUGAGCGAGGAGGAGGCGGCGGCGGCGCCGCCAUGAUAGGGGCUUGAGCGAGGAGGAGGCGGCGGCGGCGCCGCCAUGAUAGGGGCUUGAGCGAGGAGGAGGCGGCGCCGCCAUGAUAGGGGCUUGAGCGAGGAGGAGGCGGCGGCGGCGCCGCCAUGAUAGGGGCUUGAGCGAGGAGGAGGCGGCGGCGGCGCCGCCAUGAUAGGGGCUUGAGUGAGGAGGAGGCGGCGCCGUGAUAGGGGCUUGAGCGAGGAGGAGGCGGCGCCGCCAUGAUAGGGGCUUGUGCGAGGAGGAGGCAGGAGACAUGGGGGACUUGACUCUGAAGACGGAGCUUAUCGUGGACAAAUUGUUUGAAGAGGAGGAGGAAGAAGACUCCCUGGAUGUCGAUAGCGGCGGCAGCCAAGAGGAUGAAGUAGCUCGCAACGUAGCUCAGUGUCUACGGAAGCUUGGGGAUGAGUACAAUGCAAUGAUAGAAUCACAUAUCAAGAAACUUAAGCCAGAGUUAAAUCAUUUGGCAAAAAAACAGAGUAUGGAAAUAUUUUCUAGCAUGGUGACCGAGCUAAGUAAUAAUUCUGAAAUGCAGACAUAUCGACAACAGCUGGGUUUUGAGAUGACCCUCCUGAAAAUUGCUGUCACCCUGGGACUUGGGAUAGUUAAGGAAUCACCUAGUCUGCUUCCUGCCGUCAAGGAUGUCAUGGUAAACUUCAUCAAUUCAAAACUGCUGAGCUGGGUUCAACGUUCAGGAGGAUGGGAAAAAGCUUGUUCACUGUGAUGUAAUGGGUGAUCGCAAUGGGUGAUGGAAAAAACGAAACUGAUGAAAAUAUACAUUAAAAUACAUUCCAAAUACAAUUUGACAUCAAGCUGAAGAACAUUCUACAUUUCAAACUGCCACCCUCAAUUUCCUGUAGUUUCAGUAUCCCCUAGAGUAAGAUGGCUACCAAGCAAUGUAACAACCUCCUCAAGAACCUUUGCUUUUGGUGUGAGGGCAGAUUGCCCAUUAAGAGACUGUGGUGAAAUUGCCUUUCUUUGAAAUGAAGCUACUUUUCCCUGCUGUAGGUACAUGAAAACUAAAAGGAAAUUUGAGUUAGCCCAGGAGUGAAAGUCAAAGUCAUAAACAACACCCACUAAAAAGAAAAUAAGUGACUGGUGGAGUGAGACCAAUGACAAGUGGAAUAACUAAUUUUUAGCUUCUGUUCAGAUGGAGCCUUGGUAUAUUUAGUGUUCAGAAAGUUAACUGCUCAGUGGUAAGGAAUAGGUUUCGUUUGCACUUAAAUUCAACGAACUAACUGGUGAAAUUGUGCUUGAAUUGUAAAUGUGGCACAUUUUGCUUGCGGUGAGAAUUAGUCAUCAGACUUCUGAUUUCCUCCACUCAGCAGAUGUUGGAAAAUCUGACAACUGAGUUGGUUUAAUCUUGUUUUUUAAAAAAAAGUGCCAAAGUCAAAAAGUUUCUUUUUUGUAUACUGUGGUGAAAGGUUCAUGGCUGGCCAACAAGCAUGAGCAACGAUGGAUGUAAAAUACCAAGCUUUGGAAAGUAAUUCAAGGAAACCUGUCUCACUUGCCACAUUAAUCAAAAACAAACAGUGCCACCAUCUUGGAAAGGUGGUGGUAACCGUGAUCUCCUGUGGUAGGGUGUGGGUAUUUAACAUUGUGAUUACAGCAAUCAAUCCAAGUUUCAUAGACCUCAAGAAAGUGCAUUAGAUUCCUCACACUGAGGUGUCCGAUUAAGAAAUGAUUUGGCAUGCAGCACAGCUCUCCGAGCACUGAGCUUCUACAAUGUUCUUGUCCGACUUCCCACCAGUGUUUCUUUAUUCAGUGUAAAAAUGUUGGAUUGUUACUUGUCAAUGUAAAAUUGAUAGGGGCCUUGUCACAUUCUCAGCUGAAACCAUGCAGUGUUAACAGACCUGCUGCCCAUUAGAAGACUGUAAUCAUGCUGGAAAUGGUUAGUAUGGAAUGAUCAUCAAGAAUGUAGUAUAGAAGAUAGUGUAUUAAAAUGCCAUUGUAAAGAGUGUGCAGAUGGAAACUCUGGCAUAAUAAAAUGUUGGAUUGUUA